AUGCCCCCAAAGAAGAAUAAAAUGCCGGCAGUCCUCCAGCAGGAGACGCCUCAUACCAUACGCCACCAUUCUACCAAUCCUGAUGCUGAAACUGUCAUGGAUAUCAACGACCAAACUCAUGUAAAUCCCGCCGAUUACCCAAUUCCCAAUACACCACCCGGUCAAGGGGGGGACCAACCGCAACCUCAACCCCAGGAAUUUGCCUAUAUGAACGCCAAAGGAGCCGCCCAGCCGGCUGAUACCCAAUCAGAACACCAAACUAGCCGAUCGGAAACCACAGAUGAUCGAGAUGAGAUCAUUCGUGUACUUCGUGAUGAAGUCGAUACCCUCCGCCAGGCUAGACAGCCUAAGCAUACAUCAUCUGGAGGGGGUAGUCAACUUAUGGAGCGACUAUCAGAACUGUUUGAGCGAUCAGAUAGUCGGUCAGCGUUUGAACAUGAACAAAGACGAAUUCAACAAGAAAAGCAGGAAGUCCGAGAGGAAGAAAAGAGACUUCAUGAACUUGCAAAGACUCACUGGUGA